CGAAGAAGAGUCUUUGUCGGAAGAUUGUCUUUCUACUGACCAUCUCACRGAUKAUGAACUGGAUUCCUCGAGCGAUGAUAAUUUUGACGGUAAUCAGUACUUCAACACUGGCCUGAGAAAUAAACGAGGUUUACGGUUUGGAACAUGGAAUGUUGAUGGUUUCUCUCUAGCGAAAUUUGAACAGGUUCGACUAUUCAUGCUGGACAAACAUCAUCGCCCGCAGAUCGAUAUUUUAUCUAUAAACGAAACUGGUCUAAAACCUAAAAUUCCCGAUUCUCUUUACGCGGUGCCAGGAUUCGACAUCCAUCGUAGUGAUCGUAAGGGGAAAAAGAAGAAGGGUGGAGUGCUGGUGUAUGUGAAUAAGGAAUUGAAACACAGGAGAAUGAAUGACCUCGAAGAUUCAAGUGUUGAAGCGGUUUGGCUGGAAGUCUAUCCCUUCAAGUCUAAUCGACCACUUUUAUUUGGCGGUGUUUAUCGACCACCUGCAUCUCUGAAGGAAGACGACGAACGACUGGAAAAGAGCAUAGAGAACGCAAAUUUAUUAAACUUAGAAACAAUCAUAACUGGUGAUAUCAAUAUAAAUUAUCUUGCUAAACCCUCCUUCAAAAAGCAUCGCUUAAUUCGAUCUCUUACAAGUAUGAAUUUUGAUCAGCUCGUCACUAUGGUAACUAGACCCAUUAGUAAGACUUGUUUGGACCAUGUUUUUGCUAAUCAUCCCCAGAGAAUAAGUUUUGUUGGUACACACACUUAUGGUCUUUCUGAUCACCUUCUGGUAAUUGCCGUUAGAAAGUAUGCUGGUGAAAAUAAAAGACCAAUCAAGCCCAUCAAAACAAUCAGAUACCGUGACAUGAAGGGAUUAAAUGAAGACCAAUUUAAACAAUCCAUUCAAGAAGCCCCUUGGGAAGCUGCAUUCGUAUUUGAGGACAUAGAUGAUGUGAUUUCUGCAUGGGAGACCACAUUUAAUACUUUAUUAGAGUCACAUUGUCCUUGGCGUGAGAAACGUGUAAAACGUCAAACACAGCCCCCGUGGAUGACAAAGACUGUACUUAAACAUUUACACUCUAGGGAUCAUUUGUUGAAGGUGGCUCGGCGCACAGGCAGCUCUGAUGAUUGGUCGAAGUAUCGUGUUGCCAGGAACAAAGCAGUCUUCAUUCUAAGAGCAGCAAAGCGUGAAUAUUAUUCAAAGUCUUUUGAAGAGAACAAGAAGAAUACUAAUGCGCUCUGGAAGUGUAUAAAAACACUGACAGGCUGUAACAAAAAUAAUGGAGGGAUAAAUAAGCUUGACGUUGAUGGUCAGGUUAUGGACAAUUCUAAGGACAUUUCUGAGCAGUUUAAUGUGUAUUUUUCAACUAUUGCCGAAAAACUGAGAAGUACUAUGUCUCAAACACAUAUUUGUCUUUCCAAGUUAUUCAAUUAUGUGAACUCUCGAAAAGAACCGGAUGUUUUGUUCUCAGUUCCAGCAAUAACAAGUAUACAGGUAUCCCGCAUAUUGACGAAGAUCAACCCAAAUAAGGCCUCUGGUAUUGACAUGAUCAGUCCUCGUCUUCUGCGUAUAGCUGCUCCUGCCAUUUCGCCAAGUAUAGCGAAAUUAAUAAAUCUUUCGCUAUCCAGCGGAACAUUCCCCGAAAGGUGGAAAACAGCGAAG